GCCCACCUCCGCCCGCACCGAACAUUCAAGCCAGAAUACCCAACCAAGCAACGUUGCACGCGCAACCAGUGUAUUACCUAAUUCAAAACAAAAGAAAAUCCACAUCGCAACCAUGUCUGAAGCCUUCUUCGACGAAUACGACCACUACAACUUCGAACAAGACAAACACAUCUUCUCUGGACACAGCGGCAAGCAGCGAUCGAAGCGCGAGGUGAGCGAGCACCAGAACCACUCCGACCCGUGCGGCCAUUCUAGAAAGAUCGUCACGAAGCUAGCGAACACAGAGAAAAACAAGAAGGGCAGCAAGCACUGAACAUUCCGGAUUAAAAAAACGACUUUGGCUUGUAAUUGGGACGUCGAUAUGCAGAACGAAUGGAGAACGUUAAAGGCGGAUACCCGAGGAGAGCUCUGGUAGGCCUCGUCGAGAUCAGUGGAGCAUCCUUGGCGCUUCCUGCUCACGCAGGGGUGCCACUUCGCCAGCAGCAGCGGGCGAGGUCGUCGGACGUGCCGGGCCCAGGGCCCAAGGCCACCGGUAAAUCUAUUUUGGACACACCACCGUUCCCAGAUCUGAUCUCAAACUAAAACCGAGCUUGUUAUAGAGCUCAUCUUGCUGUGUUAUUAAUUCCUAGUUAGUUUAUUACUUUUAAAUUUGGGUUUUCUCCCUGUAUAUGUUUGGGGUAGGAUGCUCAAAGGACUGUAAUAAUAAUUUAAGGUUUAAUAAAGAUAUGAUUUACGAUUA